UGCCCAGUGCUCCUCCCAGCUUGAGUCCGGCCCCCUCUGCCCUUGCCCUUCCGUGCCGAAACGCCGCCAACAUGACGGAGAAACUGCCCUACAAAGUCGCUGACAUCAGCCUGGCCGCCUGGGGACGUAAGGCUCUGGACAUUGCAGAGAACGAGAUGCCUGGACUGAUGCGCAUGCGUGAGAUGUACUCCACCUCCAAGCCGCUGAAGGGUGCCCGCAUUGCCGGGUGCCUGCACAUGACCGUGGAGACAGCUGUCCUUAUUGAGACCCUUGUCGCCCUGGGAGCUGAGGUGCAGUGGUCCAGCUGCAACAUCUUUUCCACCCAGGACCAUGCAGCAGUGUAUGCCUGGAAGGGCGAAACAGACGAGGAGUACCUAUGGUGCAUCGAGCAAACGCUGUACUUCAAGGAUGGGCCCCUCAACAUGAUCCUGGAUGACGGCGGCGACCUCACCAACCUGAUUCACACCAAGUACCCACAGCUCUUGUCGGGCAUUCGGGGGAUCUCUGAGGAGACCACGACCGGAGUCCACAACCUGUACAAGAUGAAGGCCAAUGGGAUCCUGAAGGUGCCUGCCAUCAACGUCAACGACUCUGUCACCAAGAGCAAGUUUGACAACCUCUACGGCUGCCGGGAGUCCCUCAUCGAUGGCAUCAAGCGGGCCACAGACGUGAUGAUUGUGGGCAAGGGCUGUGCCCAGGCCCUCAGGGGUUUCGGGGCGCGUGUCAUCAUCACUGAGAUCGACCCCAUCAACGCGCUGCAGGCCGCCAUGGAGGGCUACGAGGUCACCACCAUGGACGAGGCCUGUCAGGAGGGCAACAUCUUUGUCACCACCACGGGCUGUGUCGACAUCAUCCUUGGCCGGCAUUUUGAGCAGAUGAAGGACGAUGCCGUUGUGUGUAACAUCGGACACUUUGACGUGGAGAUUGAUGUCAAGUGGCUGAACGAGAACUCGGUGGAGAAGGUGAACGUAAUACCUCAGGUGGACCGCUACCGGCUGAAGAACGGGCGCCGCAUCAUCCUCCUGGCUGAGGGCCGGCUGGUCAACUUGGGCUGCGCCGUGGGCCACCCCAGCUUCGUGAUGAGCAACUCCUUCACCAACCAGGUGCUGGCGCAGAUAGAACUGUGGACCCACCCGGACAAGUACCCCGUUGGAGUCCACUUCCUGCCCAAGAAGCUGGAUGAGGCAGUGGCUGAAGCCCACCUCGGGAAGCUGAACGUGAAGCUGACCAAGCUGACGGGGAAGCAGGCCCAGUACCUGGGCAUGCCGGUGGACGGCCCCUUCAAACCCGCUCACUACCGUUACUGACAGCCCCGCCUGCCCCUCACCUGCCAGCUGGUGUCCCUGCCCAGGCCCCCAUUCUCCCCAAGAACACACGGCACUAAUUUGA